UGGAAAGAACUCUUCUUAUGUCCAUGGGGAUUGGAUUCAAAUGGAAGCCGCUGAUGCAGUCUACGGACAGAAAGAAAUCCAUAGGAAAGUGAUGUCACAAAACUUCACCAACUGCCACACCAAGAUUCGCCAUGUUGAUGCUCAUGCCACUCUGAAUGAUGGUGUGGUGGUCCAGGUGAUGGGGCUUCUCUCUAAUAACAACCAGGCUUUGAGGAGAUUCAUGCAGACGUUUGUCCUUGCUCCUGAGGGCUCUGUUGCAAAUAAGUUCUAUGUUCACAAUGAUAUCUUCAGAUACCAAGAUGAGGUCUUUGGUGGCUUUGUCACUGAGCCUCAGGAGGAAUCUGAGGAAGAAGUAGAGGAACCUGAAGAAAGACAGCAGACGCCUGAGGUGGUUCCUGAUGAUUCUGGAACUUUCUAUGAUCAGACUGUUGUCAGUAAUGACAUGGAAGAACAUUUAGAGGAGCCUGUUGCUGAACCAGAGCCUGAUCCUGAACCAGAACCAGAGCAAGAACCUGUAUCUGAAAUCCAAGAGGAAAAGUCUGAGCCAGUAUUAGAAGAAACUCCUCCUGAGGAUACUCAGAAGAGUUCUUCUCCAGCACCUGCAGACAUAGCUCAAACAGUACAGGAAGACCUGAGGACUUUUUCUUGGGCAUCUGUGACCAGUAAGAACCUUCCACCCAGUGGAGCUGUUCCAGUUACUGGGAUACCACCUCAUGUUGUUAAAGUACCAGCUUCACAGCCUCGUCCGGAGUCUAAGCCUGAAUCUCAGAUUCCACCACAGAGACCUCAGAGGGAUCAAAGAGUUCGAGAACAACGAAUAAAUAUUCCUCCCCAGAGAGGCCCCAGACCAAUUCGUGAGGCUGGUGAGCAAGGUGAUGUCGAACCCCGAAGAAUUGUGAGACACCCUGACAGUCACCAACUCUUCAUUGGCAACCUGCCUCAUGAGGUGGACAAAUCAGAACUUAAAGAUUUCUUUCAAAGCUAUGGGAAUGUGGUGGAGCUACGCAUUAACAGCGGUGGGAAGUUACCCAAUUUUGGUUUUGUUGUGUUUGAUGAUUCUGAGCCUGUUCAGAAGGUCCUUAGCAACAGGCCCAUCAUGUUCAGAGGUGAGGUCCGUCUGAAUGUGGAGGAGAAGAAGACUCGAGCUGCCAGGGAAGGGGACCGUCGAGAUAACCGCCUGCGGGGACCUGGAGGCCCUCGAGGUGGGCUGGGUGGUGGAAUGAGAGGCCCUCCCCGCGGAGGCAUGGUGCAGAAACCAGGAUUUGGAGUGGGAAGGGGGAUCGCUCCAAGGCAGUGAAUUGCUCCUCACUGAUCUUCACACAGCAGUUCACACCCUAACUCCUGCAGAAUGGUGAAUUUCUUCAGCCAGCCUUUGGUAUCUUGGAGUAUGAUCCUAGUCUGUUAUAAACUGCUUAAGUUUGUACAAUUUUACUUUCAUUUUGUGUUAAUGGUGUGUGCUCCCUCCCCAUCUCUUCCCUCUCCUGACCUUUAGUCCUUCACUUCCAAUUUUGUGGAAUGAUAUUUUAGGAGUAACGGAUUUUUAAAGAAGAAGAAAAGACUGAAUUUCCUUGCUUACUUUGCAUAUACAGACUGGAUUUUUUUUUUAACAGCCAUUUCCCCAAAGGAAUGUCUCGCUCAUUACUGACAUUUGGUAUGUUUCAUUCAUUGGAAUAUUUCUUACUUAUUUUCUACGUGUUUCAAAAGCCUGUGAGAAAUACAGGAUUUGAUAAACAUUUUGAAGGCGGGAAAAGCCCAAAUUGUUUCUUCUUUGAGAGUCAUGACUACCUUCUGGUGUGGAGAAAUUGCCAUUGGAAAAUUUGACAAUUUUGAUGCUCACUGGUAUGGUUAAAAACUGAAUAAAAGGUGUUAAUAGAGUUUUUUCUUUUGAUAUUUGAUCACAAAACAAUUCUAAAACCUGUUUUUACCAUUAAAAUUUAAAUUGUGAGAUAGGUUUUAAAUGUCUAGACUGCAACUGAUAUGCUUUUCUUGAACUGUUAGAUUUUUUUGAAGUAGAGUUUUUUCAUGUUUAAUUUGUAUUUGUAAAAAAACAAAAAACAAAAAAAUCCCCCAAAUGCAAAUAACAAAAAAACAGAGCAAAACUGUUGUGCCUUCUAUUUAUCUUUGAUUCCAGUCUUGACAAUUGUUUAAAGAAAAAUAAUAAAAACAAUCUAGAUUUGUGUUAUCAGAUUCAGAGUAUGUGGGGAAUUGUAGAAUCCCUCUUUCAUCACCUUGUAUGUCUUCUGUUAAUAUUUGUUAUGCCUUAUUCUAAGAUUGAGUCUCAAACUGGAAUGCCUUUGAAGACAGAUGCUUCUAUAGAGGUCCUUUGACCUAAAUAGUUCAACAUUGUAUUUUUAUUUUGGUAUCUAAGCAGAUUCCUAAUCAUAGCCCAUAAGAAGGAAUGUGACAUUAAUAUUGGACUUUGCUGAUGUGCUCAAGUGUCUGCAAUUUUCUUUCUUUAAAUCAUAGCCACAUGGUAAAUUUUCUAUUUUGUUAUGGUUCUCUUUUUUUUUCUGAUGGGCAUGCAGUGGGUGCUUCUUGGAAAUGGCCAAUUUUUAUUAAAAUAUUUCUGGAAGAAAAUUUAAUCUGGUAAUAUAGACUAAUACUCGUUUUGCAAUAGUAUGUUAUUUUUUGAGUGCUGUGUGUGAGGUGGGUGACGGUUUUGUUUACACGUGUGAAGCAAGCCUUUAUGUGAUACCUUGUCAAUGCUAAUCGAAGGUCAACCAGUUUGUCACAUUUAACUUAUUUAUUUUCUUCUUAACAGUAUCCAUCUUUCAGACUGUAUAGGAAUAGGAAUGUUGUGUUUGUUUUGCCUUUACUGAGAAAAACUCUAGGUUGCUGUGGAAAGGGGUUAGUUAAGACUAAAAUGAAGUCUGAUGUUACCAGUUUGGUCCCAGUACCUCAAAUAUUUGAAAAUUGGCAACAUUGCCUUCACAUAAAGAAACUAGUCACAUAGCUGUUUUUUGGGUCAGUUUAAGUAACUGUUGGGUAACUACUUCAUUUGGCUCAGGCCAGUGAUAAUUGGAAGGAAUUCAAUUAUAGCUUAUAUUAAGCUUGUGGUGGGUGCAAAAAAAUAAAAGUUAGGCUGAGUUACUUUAGGGGGAAAAAGAAUUUAAGUUGCAGUGACUUUAAGCACAUAAAUUACGGAUAGCCUAGGCAUUAUUUUGCAAAUCCUAAAUCAUACAUUUCAAAAUAGGAGUUCUUACUCAGAGGCUUAAGCGCACUAACUAGAUACAGUGAUCCUCAACUUGGCAUGAUUAUCACAUCCUUAGAAGGCAUUUGGAAAUGCCUUUUGGAGGCAUUGCAGGGGGAGUUUUGGAGGGGUUGCAGGGGGAGACUCCGCAUCUGGCAUUUAUUGGGUGAGGGCCAAGGAUACCAAAUGUUCUGAAAAAGUGAAGCAACCACAUUGAGAACACCACUACUCUGUAUUCAUAGGGAUGGGUAGAGCUGUGGGAUUAAGAGAAGCAGAAUGAAGACUCAUUCUUUUGAAAUUCAGCCUCACAUAAAUAAAAAAUUAGGAAAUAGGAAUCUGUUUUGGAAAUUAGAGUAACAUCUAUUCUAAUUUUUCUUUCUAUUGUUGUACAAUGUCUGUGAGUGUAUGUGUGCAUGCGUGUUUAAAUGUGGAGAGGGAGUAGCAAUAUAUGCUAGAUGCUGCUUGUAACUUGUUGCAGAGAAUUACUGCAUAGUCUUAGAAAACAAAAGCCUUCCCCAUUAAUUUCAAGUACUUAGAAAUGGGAUGGUUGUGGGGUUUUGAAUAGCAUUGGAUCUGAGAAGUAGGAUUUAGCAUCAUGGUCAACACUGUUCAGGAUCUCAAAAUAAUUGUUUACAUUAUUGCAUAUAGAAUAAACAUGAGAGCUUAGAGAUGCAUACAUUCUCACAGCUGGGAAGUCAAAAUAAGUUAGGGCAAGGUUUUCUACAGGCUCAUUAUAUUCAGCAUUUUCAUAUUCUAAGUACAGUUUUUAUCUGUAGAAUGGCCCAAUGUAAAGUGUGCUACUGAGGUUAAAACCCUUGACCCAAGAGUAUUUUAGCUGGAUAAGAUUUUGGUUCAGAGGGUCUCAGUCUUUUAAGAUUUGUUGAAAAUAAAUAGAUAUUGGGCCUUAACGAAAGUAUCUUUUAUUUCAUCAUGAGGUUUGGCUUGUGUAUUUAGUGUUCUCAACUUUCUCAGCUAUUAUUGGGUAGCAGUGAAAUGGAUAAUCCCAAAAUAAUUUGAUUUUAGAUGAAUAGGCUACUAUUACAGCAUUAGUUGAAUUGUACUUUAGUUUUAGGUUAGGAAAUUUAAUUUUCUUAUCUACCCCAAGGAGGAUAACCCCAAAAUAAGAUGUGAGGAAGCAACAGCAUCAGAGUAAUUAUAUGACUAGGCCUCCAGGUCAUCCAUGUGGCAAAGAGCAGAUUGGCCUUCCAAACUGCUGCUUAUUCUCUAGAACUACACUGCUUACCUGUUUAUAUGUCAGUGGCAUAUACCAUAAUGUAAUGACUACUGUAGAGAGACCUAAGUCUGAAAGGCAUUCAGAUCAAGGUUAGUGUCACUGUUCAUAGUAUCCUUUAGGGCAAAUAAGAUAAUUAAACUUGGAUUUUGUAGGUGUCCUUUUGCUUUACAGAUUCUGUGUGGUAACACAAUAAUAGUGAUUUGUUCUUAAAUUGUUUUUCUUACCUGGUUUGAUAGUACAUUUAGUACAAACCUGAAAUCUGGAUGUAGAUAACAAUAUUUUUAUUAUAGCAUUAUCCAGGUGAGUUUAUAGAAGUUGUGUUUUUGUGCUUAUAACUGCCACUCCUGAUACUUUUCCUUCAUCCCCUUAUUUGAAAACCCUUGAAGAAUUUAAAUGAUUUAGUGGAAAAUGUGGCACUUUAUAGAAAGCAAUUUGUUAGAAUCUAUAUGGAAAUCUUUCUGUGAAGUUUAGAUUUGUAGACCACUGUUUAUGCUGAGUGAACUAUUUCUUUUAAGUAAAUGAUUGCAUUUGUCAAAUCUACUGAUCUAAAGAUGUCUUUUAUAUCAUAAUUUUGUUUUUGUGUUACUUAAUACAAUCUCUGCAGAAUUCCAUACUGAUGAGAUAAUUACUGACCUUGUAAAGGAAAUAACAUCAAUAUUUAUUUGAAUAUAAGGUUUUAGCUAACUAUGUAAUGUACCAAAAGUGCGCAGUGCCACAGUUAGAGAGCCUUCCACAUAUUAGAAACUUAGCAAUGUCUUGUGCGGAAUGAGGGGUUGGGUUAAAGUUGCUGAUGAAGCAAUAGCCAUGUGGCACUAGAUAAUAACUAAGUUAAAUAAGAAUUUCUGGUUUUAAGGUAGUAAUGCCUUUCUGGGUUCAUGUUUGUUUACUGUGAAGUUCAGGUUCUGGGGACCAUAGGUGGGCAUGUCAACUCUUAAUAUACUAUAGUAAAGGAGAAAUUGUGGCACAUGUACAACUUAAUCUGUUUACAGUCUUAUUAGUGGAUAUGUAUCUAGUUCAGGAUAAUACUGAAAUUAGACUUCCUAGCUCAUGCUUUCAUAUAAUAGUCUCAAAUCAGGGCCUGAAGGAGUAAGAAAUUUAGAGGUCAUCUAAAACCCUUAACUAGUUUUGGUUUUGAUUAUGAUCAUAUAUUGGCUUAGAAUCCAGGUGGUUCAGUUUUUGUAUAUAUGUCUUGUUUUGAAAGCUUAGGACAGUCUCUCAUUCUUUCCAGUUUCCACUUGAUGAACCUAGUAGCAUUUUUUUAGUUCUCUGUAAGAGGAAAAUAAUAUUGGAAUUGGUUCCACUGCUACUUUCAUAAACCAUGUGACUUGGUCAAUUACAGGAAACCAUACGUGUUUAGUACUUUGGAAUGUGGCCAGUAUCCCGGCUUCAUAAGGGAUACAGUGUCUUAGAUGUUUUUUAAAAAAGUAAAUUAGGAUAUUUACCAAAAAUUAACUUGAUUUACUUAAACAAGUUCUUAUUUUUCAGGAGUCCACUUACGGAAAGUUUGCCUAUAUUUUUGGUGGCAAUUAGAGGGAAGAUCCUAUUCUAUUUAACCUGAAUAGAAACGAUUUCAACUAUCCCUGAAGUUAAAACCACAUCUGUUACUAAUUCUCUCCAAGCUUUGAUGUCACCUGUUCAACUUUGAACUUUUAAAAUUUUGUUACAAAGAUUGUAUAUACACUGAUUUAGCCCUUUUAAGUGAAGACAUUGUAUCUAGAAGCUUGUAUAAGAAAGUAGGGGAGAAGAGGACUUCCUUAUUUUUAACAUUUGGUGCACACUUAAGUAGCUUGUAGAACACAGUUUAAAAAUAAAUUUAUAUAGGUAGAAGUUAGAAUUUUUUUUCAACCUUCUGGCUAGUUUGCAUAGAUGUUAGAUUUUGAAGAAAGAUGGAAGUAUACAGGUAGACUUUAGCUAAUAGAAUAGGACUCAUUUGUGAUAAAUGUGGAGAAUUAUAUUUUUGAGUGAGAAACAUUGGAAUAUUUUCUUAAAAGUUUUCUUCCUGGUCUCAUUAUUGUCACAGAGAACAGGAGAAAGUAGUAGAAUAUUUUGAAUCAUAGGAUGUUAGGAUUUUAUUUUUCUGGAAAGAACUAAGAAGUGAUUUGUAUAACCCUUUCAUUUUGUUAAAAAUCAGAAAAUUGAUUGGUACAGAGUUCUGCAUCUCCUGUGUAAGUAAUAUGGAGAACUUUCAGGGAUUACCAGUCUAGGUUUACUGUAGGAAGGCCAGAGCUGUUAAAGUUGGUCAGGGUGUGGGGAGAAAAGGGAAGGUACACCCUUUUAUAUGCUUAUUACUCCUUUGAUUCUAUAGUUCAGUUUUCACACCCUGAUUUUCUCUAUUUUCUUAGAACUCUUGUAAUGCCCAGCUCUACCAGAGCCUGUUUAGGACAUUAACUUGUGCUCCCCUCAGGGAUGGGUUUACUACUAGCUGUCAGAAAGCUAUCGGGUAUCCUAAUGUGUUAAUAGCUGAAACUCAGCUGUAAUUAUCUCCUGAAUACUUAAGCAUUUUGCAUUCUGUACAUUGUGGUGCUUUUUCCACCUUGUAUUGUUAUCAGUGUAAGCUCCUAGGGGGCAGUGUUUGGUCUUAGGCAUGUACUCUGUUUAGUGCCUGGUAGUGCCGUGUAUGUAUCAGGGUACUGAUACUCCUUUUCAGUCAUUUCUCCCAUUCUUCAUGGAAGCGAUGGUCCAGCCUUGCCAAACUACGUGUGGUCCCUUGAUAAGCCAGGCACUGCCAGUUCCAUGGCCUUACGUGCCUUCUCUCUUACCUGAAGAUACACACACACACACACACACAGCCACCCCUGCCUAAAGAUCUUCUGCCAUGUAAGUAAUUUUUUCCCCUCAAGAUCCAGUUCAAGAGCUAUUUUCCCCCCUAAGGAAUAUUUGCAACAAGAAUAGGGAUUCCCUUUUUGUGGCUGAUUUGUCUAGAAUUUGAAGUGAGGAAAAAAUUCAUUCUCACCUAUUUUUACCUUCUCCUGUUUGAGGUGUCUCAACCUUCAUUUUUCAAACUGUGUUCCUAGAGCACUUUAUACCUUUCUCAAAGUUCAUAGCUUACCUACCCUUCAACCUAGAAUUAGAAUUACAUUACCUGCCUUACUACCUAAUUAAACUGUAAGCUCCUGGAGGACAAAGAAUACCUUCCACCAGAACGUACAGUGACUCAUGCUAGAGUCCCUAAAUGAUACCUGAGUUUAAUAACUUCAUGUUUAUCUCUUUUCAUUCUCAAAAGGGAGGCAUGCCUAGAGAUAGCCUUUAAUGCAAUAAAUUGUGGACACUAUAAUAUUUCAGUGGAGGAAAUUGUGGGGGAUGGGCAUAGGAGGAGGAGGAGGAAGUCACUGGCCAUUUUGAGGUACUUCCGUCCCUGGUCUGGGUAAUUAGUCAUUUCUUUCUGAUUGUGCCUCUUAUAUCUCUCAGGCACUUUGUUUCCAUGCAAAAGAGUUUUUAUGUGUGGCUUUCAUUUCUGUGCACAAACUUGUUCCUUGUUCCUUCAUUUUUCUUUCAGUUUGUGACAUCCCCCAUGCUACAAGUCUGAGUCUUCUGCUUCCCCUUUUCGUUACUCCCCACAUCCAGUCUCCAGCUAAGUUCUGUCAGUUCUGCCUCAGCAGUCUUUCCCAUCUCUUUCUCCCCUCGCCUGAUGCAGUAGCCUCUCAGCUUCACGUUACCUCUUGUUACUCCAGCCUACUUUAUACACAACGUUAGAGUCAUCCUACAGAGACGUAGCUCCGGCCACGUAUCCCAUGUAUGUGUCCUAUCUCCCCCACUAGACUGUAAGCUCCUUAUGGGCAGGAUCUGUGUCUGAGUCAUCUUUGUAUCUCCAGUAGCACCAACCAAUAAAUAUUUCUUGAAUGAAUAAAAGAAAUCUUAUUUCUCAACA